AUGUCAAACAACAAGAAUCGGAAGGGAAACAGUGAGAUCAUUAUACUCGACAUCGGUGGAACUAUAUUUAAAACACAGAGGUCGGUGCUUCAGCGAAUCCCUUGCAGUGUUCUAGCGAAUGUCACAAAAAGCGAGGACAUGGAAAUAAACGAAGACAAUGGGGAUAGAGACGACAAUAACAAACAUUUUUAUUUCGACCUCGACGCCACCUCGUUUAACCAUAUAUUGAACGCCUACCGCGAUGGUGAGAUUCACAUCGCCAAGGAUAUAUGUCCAGUGAAAUUUCAAAAGGAGUUAAACUUUUGGAAAAUCCCUAUAAGUAUGUUAGCGCCAUGCUGUUGGAAGUACUUUUAUGAAUCAGCUGACGAUGUGGAAUCAACAAAUAUCAUUCUGAAUAAACCACGUCCAGGUAACACAUCGACUAACGCUAUUGAAGACUGUGGAGUAAGCCAACAGCCAACUAACAUACCAAGGGGAAACAGUAUUUGGCGAUUUUUGGAUGAUCCUGCUUCGUCAGCUGCAGCCAAAGUUUACUGCUUCGUCUAUUCCUUUAUCGUUGUGAUCAGCUCCAUUUUGCUGUUUAUUGUCUGGGAACCGUGGGCUAGAGUUGACUCUUACCUCUAUGAACCGUUGGUCAAUGUCAGCUACUUCAAACUCUCGGACGCUGAUAUCAAUCAGUUCAAAACGGAUGUGAUCACCAGCAACAAAGCUGUGCUGCUUUAUUUAACUGAUCCCAACCCAUGGAUAUUUGGAGCGGAGGUCUUCUGUCUGAUGUGCAUUUCUGUGUACGGCACUAUGAUUUACUUUGUCGAAAUCAAGAAUAACACGUUCGAGAAUGUCGGGCUUGCCAUGUGGUGGUCACUGAUUACCAUGACGACGGUUGGCUAUGGAGACUUCUUUCCCACAACGACUCUAGGAUACAUCGUUGGAGCCGUGUGUGCUAUUAAUGGCAUUAUCGUGAUAGCCUUGCCGGUGGCCGCCAUCGCGUCCAACUUCUCCAAGUUCUUUUCAAGGUUUGAGGACUCAGAGAGACACAAGAAGGAUGUGGAGGCUGAAAAUAAUAGAAAAAAGAAUGCUUAA